AAGAACAGGUGGUAGUUAACUAGCUUGUUAAUUGUUUACAAUCAAAUUAGGGAAUGUGCUGAAGGCUUGAGGGAGAUAUAACCAUUUUGCUUUCACCUUUCUGAUCCUUCCAUAUCUAUGAAGGCCAGGAGCCAUUCCAAUGUUUCGAGAGGUGUCUAUUUUAGACUGCGCCUUACUCCCUCCCUUCUUUUCUACUGUUCUGCUCCCUUGUGUCUUGUUCUUUAGAUAACAGGUGCUGCUCUGGCCUCCAUGGCACAGUCUGAAUACAUCAGUCACAGCUUGGGCUCUCACUCUCAGCCUGAGGUAUUAGGGAGUUAGUGGAUAAAGGCAUUACUGUCUGAAAGGUGCUGAGCCAGGUGUGUGUGAGAGAUACGGGUAAAGCGCUCGGGUCAGGAGAAGGAUCUUGUGUCCUCUGUCCUGCUGCUGGCACUGCUCUCCUUUUCUUUCUCUGCCGCUGUUCAUUUUCCUCUUAGCAUUCCUCUCUAAUCCUCCCUUUUUACUGUUUCACUCCCUCUUUCUCCUCUACCACCUUUUACUCACACUUCAACAUAUUUUUCGUAAUCUCUUUUCUCACCCUAUCUCUCCUUGCCCCCCCGCUCUCCUUCACCAUGCUCUCCCUCUGAGUGUCCUCGCUGUCGGCGACAGCCUCUCUCCCUCCGUUGCCAUGGAUUUGGGCAGCCUGACCACGGUGGUUGCCAACUCGGCCUACAUAAGCGCCCGCGGCAGCUUCGAUGGCUCCAACCCGGCAGCCUCGCGUGACAAGAAGUACCACGCCCGCCUCAAGCUGCCCCACAUCACCGUGUGUGAGGGCCUCCAAGAAACCCUGGACCUAACCUUUCAGUCAGUCUGCGUGGAGCAGCCCAUCGGCAAACGUCUGUUCCGCGAGUUCCUGGAGACGGUGCCCGAAUACCACGGUCCUUGCCACUUGUGGCGGGACAUCGAAGAGUACGACUUAGCCGAAGACACAGACCGGGCCCAGAAGGCAUCUAGGAUCGUCCAGCGUUACCUGGAAUCCUCUGCUAAGCUCUACUGCCCCUUCCUGACCCCGGAGACCGUGACCCAGGUGAAGGAGGCACAGCAGGGGGCUGGGGACACACUCUUUUCCCAGACACUGGUCUCGGUGCUUGGCUACCUCCAGGAAGUUCCCUACACCUUCUUCCUGGAGAGCAUGUACCUGAAGAGGUUCCUGCAGUGGAAGUGGCUGGAGAUGCAGCCCAUGGACCAAGACUGGUUCCAGGACUUCCGUGUGCUAGGGAAGGGGGGGUUCGGAGAGGUGUCUGCCUGCCAGAUGAAGGCCACGGGGAAACUGUACGCCUGCAAGAAGCUCAACAAGAAGAGGCUGAAGAAGAGGAAAGGCUAUGAGGGGGCGAUGGUGGAGAAGAGGAUUCUUGCCAGGGUUCAUAGUCGCUUCAUCGUGUCACUGGCCUACGCUUUCCAGACCAAGGAUGAGCUUUGCCUGGUUAUGACCAUCAUGAAUGGAGGAGACCUGAAGUACCACAUCUAUCUGGUGGAUGAGAACAACCCAGGGUUUGAGGAGCCCAGAGCCUGUUUCUACGCAGCUCAGAUCAUCCAGGGCAUGGAGCACCUCCACCAGAAGAGAAUCAUCUACAGAGACCUCAAACCUGAGAARGUGCUGCUGGACAAUGAAGGUAACGUGCGUAUCUCUGACCUGGGUCUGGCAGUGGAGCUGAAGGAGAACCAGACAAAGAUCAAAGGCUAUGCCGGAACUCCAGGGUUUAUGGCCCCGGAGCUCCUGAAGGGGGAGAAGUAUGACACCUCAGUGGACUAUUUCACCCUAGGGGUCACACUGUUUGAGUUUAUGGCCGCCAAGAACCCCUUCAGGGAACGUGGAGAGAAGGUUGAGAAGGAGGCACUAAAGGAGCGCAUCAUGACCGGGACUGUGGUCUACCCAGAGACAUUCAGUGAGAACGCCAAGUCCAUCUGCUCUGCGCUGCUGGAGAAACAGGUGGACAAGAGACUAGGUUUCAAGGACGGGACCUGUGACGAYAUCAGAACACACCCCUUCUUCAGCGCCAUCCACUGGACGAGACUGGAUGCAGGCAUCCUGCCCCCUCCGUUUGUCCCUGACUCCAAGGUGGUCUACGCCAAGGACCUGGAUGACGUGGGGGAGUUCUCCUCGGUGAAGGGGGUGGGGCUGGACGACCCCGACCGCGUGUUCUUUGACGAGUUCUCCUCUGGGAACAUUGCCAUCCCCUGGCAGGAGGAGAUGAUUGAGACGGGGAUCUAUGGUGAGCUCAACGUGUGGGGACCCGCAGGCACCAUACCCAACGACCUGCGCAGGGAGUCCAUCUUGGAACAGCCCAAGUCAUCCACCUGCUGCUUGGCGUGAUUGUCUCUUUGGAAACGGAGGACGAAGAAGGGAGCUCAGACGUUCCGGAUCAGACCAACCGUAGCUCUUUGAGGUGAUGUUGUGUUUAGUACACGCGGAAGCGCUGCCAACUGAAUAUUUUUUUUGAACGCUUUACGUUUAGAGUAGAACAAUGAGAGAAACUGUAAAAAAAAUAAAAUACAUACACCUCAAAGGGCAUUGAUGGGAAAAUGCGUCGCCAUCGUGACAACAACACCUGGACCCAGACAAACACUCAAGACAGUCCAGAACAGCAAAUCAGGUUCUACACAAUAACGUUGCCAUGGAGAUGGAACUCCUGAGUGGCACGGCGUUCUGACUGCUCAUUGGUUGAGAUUGAGAGACUGUUCCGCUGCUCUUAGAGUGAAACUGUUAGAUGGACUUUGGACCUUUGUWCUUCAUUUGGGCCCAGCUAUAGAUAUUCUGUAUUCUCAAAGCAUUCUGACAGAUCAUUUAGCAUCAUCAAGAUGCUUUCUGAUUCUGCUCACUAUAACACUAGUGAAAUGUGCUAAGAAACAUGAAAUCUUGCAGUUCUCUAAAUAUGUCAAUAUACACUGAGUCUAUCAAACAUCAGGAACACCUUCCCAAUAUUGAGUUGCACKCCACCCCUUGCCCUCAGAACAGCCCCAAUUGAUCAGGCAU